AUGUCCCAGAGUCCCUCUAGCAAACCUCCCAGAGGUCCCUCUAACAAACCUCCCAGAGGUCCCUUUAACAAGCCUCCCAGAGGUCCCUUUAACAAGCCUCCCAGAGGUCCCUCUAACGAACCUCCCAGAGGUCCCUCUAACGAACCUCCCAGAGGCCCCUCUAACGAACCUCCCAGAGGUCCCUCUAACGAACCUCCCAGAGGCCCCUCUAACGAACCUCCCAGAGGUCCCUCUAACGAACCUCCCAGAGGUCCCUCUAACGAACCUCCCAGAGGCCCCUCUAACGAACCUCCCAGAGGUCCCUCUAACGAACCUCCCAGAGGUCCCCCUAGCAAACCUCCCAGAGGCCCCCCUAACAAAUGUCCCAGAGUCCCUCUAGCAAACCUCCCAGAGGCCCCUCUAACGAACCUCCCAGAGGUCCCUCUAACGAACCUCCCAGAGGUCCCUCUAACGAACCUCCCAGAGGUCCCUCUAACGAACCUCCCAGAGGUCCCUCUAACGAACCUCCCAGAGGCCCCUCUAACGAACCUCCCAGAGGUCCCUCUAACGAACCUCCCAGAGGUCCCCCAGCAAACCUCCCAGAGGCCUCCCCCUAACAAAUGUCCCAGAGUCCCUCUAGCAAACCUCCCAGAGGCCCCUCUAACGAACCUCCCAGAGGUCCCUCUAACGAACUCCCAGAGGUCCCUCUAA